AUGAUAGGAAAGAGAGUGGUGAAAGUAGCAAGUGUUGGUGCUGACAAGGGUGCUGACAAGGCCGCCAGGAAGGACUCGAAGAGGAAUGCAAAGGGCAAAUUAGAAUAUGUUGAUGAAAAAGUCAAGAAGUGGCCACCUUUAGACAUUGAUUUGGUGAACUUCUUUGAUUUUGUAACGUUACUGAAGGAGUUGGGUUAUAGGGAGUACAAGACUAGUUUUGCCAAGAAACGGGCUUCCAAGAGGUAUUCUGGUAGGAGGAGGAAACAUAUUCUAAGGGAUGAAAAAACUGGGACAGAAGGUGCAGUAGUUGAUGGGCCUGAAGCAGGUGGUGGUGUGGAGGCUGGACAUGGAUUUGUUGGGAAUACAAUGGCAUCAAGUUUUGAUAUUGUUGGGGAAGAGCUAGACUCAGAUUAUGAAAAGCCUUAUGAAUAUGAGAGUGAAGCAUUUAACAGUCCGGUGUCUGAUGAUGAUAAAAAUAGGACUGCAUUUGAUGCUUUCAAUGAGGAGACAGAAUAUGGGGAAGUUGAAUUUAAGGUGGGGCAAACAUUCAUCACAAUGAAAACUUUUAAGAAUGCACUAAAGGACUACUUUGUGUAUGAAGGGAAGGAUGUGAUGUAUCUAAAGAAUGAAAAGAAGAGGGUGAGGGCUGCAUGUGCAGGAGAGAAUUGUCCUUGGUUGAUUCUAACCUCUUGGAACAGUGCUGGGGGGUGUUAUCAGGUGAAGACACUGGUUAAUGAGCACAACUGUGCUAGAGAUUUUGGCAGUAAUCUAGCUAGCAGAGAGUGGGUGACAUCAAAGUUAGUGAAAAGGCUACUGACUCAGCCUGAGUUAAAGCCUAAACAGGCAAGGGAGUAUAUGAUUGAGGAGUACAAUGUACAUCUUAGUGAGAAAAUGAUAAGCAGGGGACUGAAGGUUGCCAGAGAGAUAGUUAUAGGCAACGAACAAGUUCAGUAUGAAAAGCUUCGUGACUAUCUGAUGGAACUACACAGGAGUAAUCCAGGGAGCACAGCUAUGAUUGAUGUCAUACCUCAGCCAGAGUCGCUGCCACUGUUCGACAAACUGUAUAUAAGUUUGGAUGCAUGUAAAAGGGGUUUUAUAGCUGGGUGCAGGCCUCUAAUCGGGUUGGACGGGUGCUUUCUCAAAGGUUACUAUGGUGGACAGCUAUUAUCUGCAGUGGGGCAAGAUGCCAACAACCACUUUUUUGUAAUUGCGUAUGCUGUGGUUCCGAACGAAUGCAAAGACACCUGGGGCUGGUUUUUGUCAGUAUUGAAGCAGGAUCUGGGGGAUUGCACUGAGUUGGGACUGAAUUUUAUCUCCGAUCAACAAAAGGGGUUGGCAUUGGCCUUGAAGGAGAUAUUCCGAGAGCCUCACCACAGGAAUUGUGUACUAUAUCUGGAAGAACUUCACAAGCACUUCAAAGAUGAAGAGACGAAACAAUUGGUUUGGGAAUGUGCAAGGUGCACCACACACACUGAAUUAGCUGCUUCGAUGGAGAAAUUAAAGUGA